CUCUCUCUCAUCUUUUCAUCAUCUUUCUCUCUCUUUAUCUUCAUCUUUUUCUCACUAACGACCUACUACUUAUAUCUGAAGACCUUUAGUAGUCAAACGACCUUCGGAUCGUAACUUUACUCCCACUUUUCUCACUUAAUUCUGACCUUUUUCUCUCUCUCUCUCAUCAUCAUCAUUACUUCAUCUUCCUCCCUCUCAUCAUCUUCAUCUUUUUUUUACCUUGGAAAGUUUUUCUCACUUUAAAUUGUUUACUGAUGGAAAAAUGAUCAGAACCAAAACUUUAAUCUUUGUUUGAGUUAAUCAUUCAAACAACGAUUUGCAAACAAUCAACAAAAUGUUCAAAAAGUUUCAAUGAAAAGUUUAAAAUGUAAAAUUGUAAAAGUUAAUCAACAAUCAAAAUUGAUAAAAUGUUCCAAUCCAAUUAUCUAAAUAUCAACGAAACAAUUAAUAAAUCAAUCCAACUCACUACUAAACUGAUUAUUAAUUUUAUCAUUUACUAAUCGUAAUCAACUAAUUGUGACAGUUAACAAUGAUGUUUAAGGAAAGGAUUAUCGCAAUUAAAAAAUUUCCAACUCUUUUAACUGUAUUUUCAUUGCUCUCAGGAUUUGGUUACCUUUUUAUGGUAAAUCAAGAGAAAUUUAGUUCAACAGGAACAACUUAUAAUCCAUUAGAACUUAGUUCUAAUUUAUAUCGAUCUCAAUAUCGAUUUACUAAUAAUUCAUCAAAUGUUGAAAUUAUUGUUGCCUUUUCUGAAGAUGUUGAACCUCAUUCGAGGUCACGUUUCUGUCCAAUCGAUCAAGUGGACAACGAUUCGAUUACUUGGGACUCGAAACUUUGGCAACGAAUUGAGUAUGAAAAUAUUUACCUUUGGACGGGUUAUUAUGAUGAUCGAUAUUCAUUUCGAGGAAAUUCCUACCAUUUUAUCAGAAUCAUUUCGAUAGUUCGAGAAAGUUUAUCAAUCGAUUUAACUUGUUACCUGUGGACACAGAAUAGUUCUGAUACAAGUAGUGGUGCAAUCACAACACCCGCCAUUGGAACUGAACUUUGGCUCGAUAUUUGGGGAAAAGGUUCAUCGGUUACCCUGUACAAAGCAUAUCUACUUUCCUGCCUUGUUCCAGAUAAUAUUCACUACAAGGUGACCGGAGUCUCGAUCUCACCUCAUUCAUGUUCAAAGGCAGAAACUUACAUACCAAUAAAACCACCGCCAAUACCAUCAAGAUCACCAUCAUCUUUGACCCUUUCACCAAGUGACCUUUGGUUACCCAAUAAGAAGCCAUUUGCCGUUUGUGUAAAAGCGCUCGAUUUUACUUUGGACAUUUCAAAUCGUCUAAUUGAAUGGUUAGAGUUACAAUUUAUUCUUGGUGCCGAUGUGGUCAACAUUUACCUUUACUCUGUCCACCCUGACACAGCUCGUCUUCUUGACCAUUACGUUGACCAGGGAAAGGUCAACCUUUAUCAGCUUGACCUUCCCGGACAAUUACCCAAUGAUCCCGUUGAAAGGUCACAAUUUUUACAAACAAAUGUUUGGCAAAAACGGCGACUCGAGUUGAUACCUUACAAUGAUUGUCUUUACAGACACAUUUACAGUCAUCAAUUUCUAGUAUUGGUCGAUAUCGACGAAGUCAUUGUACCGGUCAAAGAUUACGAUUGGAAAUCGUUACUAACUCGAGUUUUGUCCAACGAUUUAAAGUCCAUUGAAGUUUAUCCAUCAUUUUCCGUCCAGAACACUUAUUACCUUGAAAGUUACUCACAAUCAUCAUCAACAUCACCACAACCAUUGACCAACAAACAGUUGACCACCAAGGGUCAUCUAUCAAGUUACCUUUAUAUGCUUCGCCAUGUAAACCGAUCAAUUAACUUCAGUAUCCCAGGUUAUGCUGUUAAGAGCUUCAUUUCAACCAACACUAGUCUCGCCUUAUUCAACCACUACACCCUGUUCCCCCUGUAUCCCACCAUGAGGAGAAACGCACUAAUUUCAACCACUUUGGCGCAAUUAAAUCACUACAAAAGUGAAUGUCCAAGAACCAUGUCCAAUGAAUGUACCCGCCGGUUCACCAAGCACUGGAAAGUUGACCAAAUCCUUUGGAAAUACAAGAAACCAUUAAUCGGUGCAAUCAACCAAACAGUUAAAUUGAUUAAAUCUAAUUCAUCAUCUUCGUAAUUGUAAUUACAAUCAUCAUCUUUAUCAUAAUCUUUAUUUUAUUAUCUCAUAAACAAUUUACAACAAUAAAAGGAAAGCACAACCCAAAAAAUUAACUAAUUGAAUCAAUCGACUACUAGUCAUUUAAUUGUCUAUUCAAUUGGCAUUUAAAUUGUCUGUAAAUUUUUACUAAAUCAUAUUCAUUUUUAUAUAACUGAUUUAUCUUCAGGCUCUAAAUUGUAUACAAUUAAUUUUGCUGUUUUUUAUUUUCUUAUUUAAUAACUGUGAAUAAAUUACGAACUUUGAUUAACCUUAAACUUGAUGACAAUAAAUUGAACAAUUUCAA